AUGGACCCGCCAUCACAGGACUCAAAUGAGUCCAACUCGCAAUCUCCAACAGAUACUCGUACAACAUCCAGUCGUCUGGAACAACGAGAUGACAAUCUGCUGCCAGAGAGUUAUCAGUCCCACGCUACUGUGAGGAGGAGGCCCGAUAUCACUUAUGGUACCGUGCAGACUCCUCCACCCACUGGUGCUACUGGCCAAUACCUGGGAGAUCCCUCUUCUCAAAGCCAAAAUGCCCACGAGCGUGCCCUUGGACGAAGCAGUGUCCCUGUCAUUCGAUCACCCUUGAUAGGAACUGGAAGUGGCCGAGGACGUCCCAAGAAGCCCCCAAUGCCUCGCCGUGCUUCCUCGAAUGUUCAAGCUCCCCACCGUGGAGGGGUCUUCUCGACCGAUGAUGCAACAGAGGAGAUCGAGGUGGAAGCCGCCGAGAGACAGCAAAACUUCCCAUCGUCUCGCCCUCAGUCCCAGAAAGACUCUAGGCCAGGAUCUACGAUACGCCGGCGUACUGGCGUUCCCUCUGCUGCCGCUGCUCCCUCCCUGUCGCGCGUACAAUCUAGUGGAAGCGUUGGCGGGGACGAUAACAACGGCAUGGAGAGUCGACUAGAAGAGGUGGACGAGCAGUCAAACGAAGACCAGGCCGAAGUUAGCGAGGCAGCGAACCAAGAUAGCGAGGAUACGGUCGAUAUUGAUGACGAUGACCUCAGCGAUGCCGAGAGUUUUACGCUCAAAGACCGGCAGCAAGCCAUCAAUGAGACUCAUCCUUUCGGUAUCAGAUUGUGGAAGCCCGCCCUGUACAAGAAGGAUCGCUCAGUCCAAAAGACAGCAGAAGGUGACAUCCACUCCUCACCUGGAGGUCAUGUUAGUAGCUGGCUUCUGUUUUUCAACAUCCUCUGGACCUUGAUGUUUGGUUGGUGGAUGGCCAUUUUCGCUGCGCUUGGUGCCGGAGCAUGCUUCAUUUUUGCUGCUGCGCCGAGUGGCAGGGAAUACGGCCGUGUCCUUUGGGGUUUGGCUCGAUACCUCUUCUAUCCAUUCGGUAAGUUUGUUCGUCUCGAGCAUGACGAAGCCUACCUGGACGAGGAUCAAGGAGAGGGUCGCAGCAUCAGCGAGUACGAGCAGUGGCAGAAUGGCGAUUUGGAAUAUGGCCGACUCUUCUUUGGCCCAGAAGAGCACGAUCCCCAGCGUUCAAUUGUAGGACGCUCCAGAAGAAGCAUUGACUCUGAACCUGAUGAAACAGACAGCUUGCUCGGCCGAGCUACGCGCCAGGUGCACUUGGAUGAGCAUGGCAGACGCCUUAAGAGGAGACUAUUCGGCAGAGGCCAAUGGAACAUUGGUAGAGUUAUAUUCUUCAUCUUCUUCUACGGCCUGCUCACACCAUCCCUGAUCAUUGUAUCCGCCAUCUGCUGGUUCUUGGUCUUCUGGAUACCCAUGGGCAAGGUGACGAUGCUCCUAUUCGACCAUCUCAGGAGACAUCCGUUGGCCUUAUCCUUUGAGUCGGACAACACCCUCGCUCGUCCCUUGGACAUCCCUCACUCCGCGAGCAUCCUUCUAUGUACAUACAGGGCCGUUGGAUCCAAGUACUGGAAGUACACCAUUGAUGGCACCAACAUCUUCCUCAUCAACCUCAUGGCUGUCGUCCUCUUUGUCAUCUUCGACUGGCUUGUGCUUGAAGGUGUGCUGCACAUGGAGAACUUCCUGACCCACCCUGGGUUUCUCUUCGUCGCUGGCCUUCUGUCCAUCAUUCCCCUUGCCUACUUCAUCGGUCAAGCUGUUGCCUCCAUCUCAGCCCAGUCUUCCAUGGGUCUUGGCGCGGCUAUCAAUGCCUUCUUCUCCACUAUAGUCGAGGUCUUCCUUUACUGCGUAGCCUUGAACGAAGGAAAGGGAGCAUUGGUCGAGGGUAGCAUUAUCGGCAGUAUCUUCGCCGGUGUCCUCUUCCUGCCCGGCCUCUCCAUGUGUUUUGGAGCCAUCAAGCGCAAGACUCAACGUUUCAAUGCAAGAUCAGCAGGAGUCACUUCGACUAUGCUUUUGUUUGCAGUUGUGGCUGCCUUUGGCCCGACCCUGUUCUAUCAGAUCUAUGGCACACACGAACUGAACUGCUUGAGCUGUACCGACUAUCCCGACAACAAAUCUGGCAAUGCCGAGCGUGAUUGUCGACGAUGCUAUUUCUCUCAGACACCGAAUGUGGAGGAUCGGUUCUACCUCGAGGCUGUUCGGCCUUUCUGCUACGCAGCGGCGAUGUUCUUGUUCUUGUCCUACGUGACUGGAUUGUGGUUCACCCUUCGUACUCAUGCUGCUGUGAUCUGGAAUACGGAAGUUGAUGAGAAGAAGCACGAAGAAGUACAACACAUGGCUCGACUGGCCGAGCAAAACCAAAUGGCGGAUGCAAGUGGAGCUGAUAUUAGGGACAGCAAUCUCUACAAGCGCAUCCUUGGCCAGUCUCUCAAACAAGUCGGCCUCGGCAGCGCUCACCAUUCCCGCCGCCCAUCAGGCGCUAUUCCCCGGAACGGUGCCUUUACCACGGCACACAUGGUGCCCCCUAGGAUGGACGAUGAUGGUGCCGAUACCGACAGCAUUCGCAACAACGUCCACGUGCCAGGAUUUACCGAGCAGGAGAACGACAAUCUUAUCAGGGGCGUAACCGAGCUGGCUGCUACGGCAGCCGCUAUCGCAGCCCGUGAUGCGAGAAAUACCUCACGCAGAAUUUCAUCCACCACUGGUCACUCGGCCUCGCGGCCCGUCCCAGUGCGUACGGCAACAGCCCCCGACAUGGAGGAUGCUGGAGAGUCGGGACAAGCUCACGGAGGUCAUGAUGCACCAAACUGGGGCAGAACGAAGAGUGCCAUUAUUCUGUGCUCCGCAACAGUUCUGUACGCCAUUGUCGCCGAGAUUCUGGUCGAUACCGUUGAUGUUGUCUUGCAAAAUUUUUCCAUUGACGAGAAGCUUCUGGGUAUCACACUCUUUGCGCUGGUUCCAAACACGACUGAGUUCUUGAAUGCUAUUUCGUUUGCCAUGAAUGGGAACAUUGCCUUGUCCAUGGAGAUUGGUUCAGCAUACGCACUCCAAGUCUGUUUGCUUCAGAUCCCGGCACUGGUGUUUUUCUCAGCAGUUUGGCCAAAGGAAGCCGGAGAGGGCAUUGACCUGGCAAAGUUCACAUUCACUCUCCUGUUCCCACAAUGGGACAUGGUAAUGGUCAUUCUCUGCGUGUUCCUGCUCAGCUACAUGUAUGGCGAAGGCAAGAGCAACUACUUCAAGGGCAGCAUUCUCAUCAUGACGUAUCUGGUCGUCAUUAUUGGCUUCUACUUUUCCGGCAUUACAGACGAGGUACAGAUGGGAAUGAAUCGCUUCGACACCUUCAACGCAGCCGAAGGAGCGUGGACAAGUUAUAAAACGAUCGGACAGAGUAGCAAGGGCGCGGCGUACUAA